AUGGUGUACACAUUUAAAGUUCUGAUGAAGUUUAUCGUUUAUUUUAGCAUCGCAAUAUCGCCUUGCCUAGCUCAAAGUAAUGUGUCUAUACCACUAUCACCAGGUAGUUUCCGGAAUAUUAUACGAACAUUUGUACCCGUGCCCCGUGGCAGAGUGUUGAGUAUCAAGGAUGUGAGGAUCCUUUAUUUAAGCAACAACUUUAUGAAACCCAAAGUGUACAACUUCGCUGGAAUCAAAGGACUGCUGGCUGAUCCUGAAUUUGAUCCAAAUAAGCCGACGACUAUAUAUAUUCACGGUUACGUGGAGAAAGCCAGUGAUGACAGUAUUCAUACAAUAGUAAGAUCGUACCGGCGACACGGAGGCUACAAUCUGCUGGUAUUGGACUGGAGCAACCUGGCCUUCGGGAACUAUAUCGGUGUUAUAUAUGGCUUACAAAAGCUGGGUGAAAGAACUGGGCAGGCUGUGGAGAAAUUGAUCAGAGGUGGCUUGUCCCUUGAAGGCCUGCACGUGGUUGGACAUUCGCUGGGAGUCCAUCUUGGAGGCUACGCCUGCAGAUAUUUGAAAAAUAAAGGAUUCAUGGUUCCAAGACUGACGGGUCUGGACCCCGCAUACCCUGGCUUCUAUCUUCCCGUGCUGGUGCGUCCUGUGAACCGCGAUGACGCGUUGUUCUUUGACGUGGUGCACACGGAUGCGGGAGGCUUCGGCGAGCCGCUGGCUGUGGGCCACGCGGACUUCUGGCCCAACGCGGGUAGAGCCAAGCAGCCAGGAUGUCUGCCACUCACAUUGCCAGUCACUAUUGAAGAUUUCUGCAGCCACUGGCGGUCCUGGAAAUUUUGGGCGGAGUCUGUAGAAGGUGGACAGUUCCUGGCGAGGAAGUGUGACGAUUAUGACGCGUUUCUUCGAGGCCGAUGUCAAGAAGAACCAACAGUGCACAUGGGGCUUUAUGCCACUCCAGACUUACGUGGAAAUUUUUAUUUGAGGACGGCAGCAAAAUCGCCUUUCGCUUUAGCAGAAAGAGGCGCUGAAUGA